AUGCCCGAUGGCACAGUGAUAGAUCAGCGUUCAAGAGAACCGGAUCCAGAAAGAACGAUUUCCGAUGAAGGCGCUCCAUUCAUUUCAAGCGGAAGUGAUGAUGAUGCACCAAAGGAUAUUGGUAAUCUUGUCUAUCUUAUUGUGAUGCUACAUGGAGUUGGUACACUGAUGCCGUGGAAUAUGUUUAUAACCAUUGCUCCCGAUUAUUAUACGAAUUACAAAAUGAAGACGUUCGAUGAAAACGGUACCGCUCAUGCUACCGAAUACUCGGCCAACUUCCUCAACUACCUCGCUAUUGCCUCACAAAUUCCUAACUUACUACUUAACUUUAUUAACAUUUUCGUUACAGUGAAGGGAGAUUUAACGAAGCGAAUUUCGCUUUCGUUGCUUAUCGUCGGCUCAAUGAUUAUCUUUACGAUGAGUUUUGUUUAUGUGGACACAUGGUCAUGGAUGGGCACGUUUUUUGCCAUCACUCUUAUGUCAAUCGUACUUUUAAAUGGAGCGAAUGGUAUUUAUCAAAACAGUAUUUUUGGACUUGCUUCCGAUUUUCCAUUCAAGUUUACUAACGCUGUCAUUAUUGGAAAUAACCUUUGUGGAACUUUCGUUACUAUAGUUAGUAUUAUCACAACUUUAGUGUCUAAGAACACCCCGAAUGCAGCUUUUGCUUACUUUGGGAUCUCCUUAUUCACUCUUGGCGUGUGUUUCGCUUCGUUCUUCCUAUUGAAAAAACAGAGAUUCUACCAGUAUUAUUCGAAGCGUGCUAUGCAAGCAGGUCUAACCGAAGGGGACGUUAAGAAAAGUGGACCAUCGGCUCAAGAAUAUUUAGAUGCUUUCAAGCAGGGAUGGACUCAGAUGGUCAACGUAUAUCUUGUAUUCUUUGUGAGUUUAUGCGUAUUUCCGGGAAUUAUGGUGGAUGUACGGGACGAAUUAGUCGGGCAGGAAUAUUCGUUCAUCCUUCCUGAGAGAUUCUUUGUCCCAAUUACAUGCUUUUUACUAUUCAACGUUUUUGCAUUCAUUGGUUCAAUGCUUGCCGGUCGCUAUCAAUAUCCAGCACCGGACAAGCUCUGGAUGGCAGUCUACCCACGUUUGUUAUUUAUCCCAUUCUUUGCUUUCUGCAAUUACAGACCUCUUACAAGGACAUGGCCAGUAUUAUUUCCUAGCACAUGGUUGUACAUAUUCAUGGGAAUCAUAAUGAGCGUUUCCAGUGGAUACCUUAGUGGUCUUUCAAUGAUGUACGCCCCGAGAAUUGUGGAACCCUCGAAGGGACGCAUGGUCAGCAUGAUGGCUGGAUUCUUCCUGAUAUUCGGAAUUGUUAGCGGUUUAGCCUUCACUAUUGUUGUGUCGGCCUUCAUAGAGCACUAA